AUGUCUCGACUCCCGCAAGACGAUCUUUACCUGGUUACUGGUGGGAAUGGAUUCAUUGGACAUCACGUUGCCAGACGUCUUCAUCUUGAAGGAUAUCGUGUCCGCAUCACCGAUAUCGGCUCAGUCGUCUAUUCUGAUCCUUGGCCACCCACAGUAGAGGUGAUACUUGGGAAUCUGUGCGACCCUUCAUUUUGCGCCAAGGUCGCCAAUGGUGUUUCUAUCGUUCUUCAUUUUGCUGCCAACAUGGGGGGAAUGGGUGUUAUUCAUACAGAGAAUGACAUUCAGAUAUAUCAGGAAAACCAUAGUAUGACCCUGAAUCUUAUUUCAGCUUCACUUGCCGCUGGUGUCUGCCGCUUUUUCUACGCCUCGUCUGCAUGCGUCUAUCCCGAGCUACUACAAGGCACGGAUAAAAGGGAUGUAUCUCUUAGAGAGAGCGAUGUAUGGGCACACAUGCCCCCUAGUCCUCAAGGGCUAUACGGCCUAGAGAAACUCCAUGGAGAACAACUCUUGCAUCAAUACGCUGGAGAACUGGAAAUCCGGAUCGCCCGGUUUCAUAAUAUCUAUGGUCCGGAGGGAUGUUGGUCAGGCGGCCGCGAAAAGGCUCCAGCGGCGCUCCUGCGCAAGGCUCACGCCGCAGCACGUUCCGGAUUCCUGCCUGCGGAGAUUGAGAUAUGGGGGGAUGGAUCCCAGCGACGAAGCUUUUGCUUUAUUGACGAUGCGGUGGAGGGCAUCUUACUGCUAUUGCGCUCAAACUGCAAUACUGCAGUUAAUAUAGGAUCCGAGCGAUCCAGCACUAUCAAAGAACUUGCCGAUCUAGCAUCACAAUGUGCAGGAUUGGAUUCUCGUCAGGUUUUUCCUCGAUACAUUGCUGCAAGACCGGUAGGCGUGGGGUCACGGAAUUCUAACAACGAUCUGGCGCGAGGCACCUUGGAUUGGACACCAUCUACAUCUCUCGAGGACGGAAUGCGACGUACGGGGGAGUGGAUCCGCCAGCAAAUGGACAAGCAGCUACUUGGAAAGGAUGAUGCCGGACAGAGCAAAUGCAUUCGCGAAUGGCAGAAUAGCGAAGUCGUGCAUCUGCAGUCGGAUGUCUGCACCUUCGCUAUACUCUUGCCCAUCACUUCACGGGGACGACCCUCCCCAGGUGACUGCCUUGAUAAUCUCCUUCACUUAUCUCGAUCCCUCAGAUCGACGACUCUGUAUGAUACGGGGAGAUCCAGGUAUCGUCUCCGUAUUUACAUAGCCAUCGAUCACGACGACCACUUUCUAUACAAAGGUGGAGGCUAUAACAAGCCGGAAAGUGUUCUGCGCUCCGAGGGAUUUCAAUAUGUCGAGACACUUAUUUCCCAACAUCCCCAUGGGCAUGUAUGCGCUCUUUGGCGUGAUUGUGCGAGGAAGGCUUGGAAGGAUAAGUGCGAUUAUUUUGUGUUAAUGGGUGACGAUGUUACCCUACAGGAUCAGAACUGGAUGUCCGCGGUGUGCGACGCAUUCGCGAAGAUUGCUUCCGAGGAACAUGUACCUGAAGGCUUCGGUUGCGUCGCCUUCAGUGACAAUCAUUUCCCGGAAUGCCAACCUUUCCAGUGCUACAUCGCACACACAUGGACAUCUUCGAGGGCCACAUUAUUCCGGACUCGUUUGUAA